AUGAUGGAAGAAUAGUUCAUAUGCGAUGAAAAAAAGUUUAUUAGAUAGGAGGUAGAAAAAAUGAGGGAAUUUUCAUUUAACAUAAAUAAUGAAGAUGGUUUAAAACUCUUUCUGAAAGAGGGUACUGCUGAAAUCUUCGGUAGAGAAUUACCACAAUAUACAAUUUAAUAAUUUUAAAAGGGAGAUCGUUUUUCAAUAUUUACAUGGACAGGCUGUGUACUCUAUUUAGAAUAUAUGAGUCAUUCUGACUUCUUUUAGUCUACAGAUGAGUCACAGUAUCCCAUAUAUGCAAACAUAAAUUAAUAUUUACACGAAAUGAGAUCAUAAGCAUAAGAUUAGCGUAAAAUAGGCCCUAAAAUUUUAAUAUGUGGACCAAACUAAAGUGGAAAAACAACUGUUUCAAAGACACUGACUAACUAUUGCUGUAAGCUGGGAUGGACUCCUAUUUUAGUUGAUUUAGACCCUAUGCUUAAUACAGUGAUGGCAGGAGGAUGUAUUGGAGCUUGUGUCUGCAAAGACUCUUAUCCUACAAAUGGAAUAGAAAUUAAAAAUAAAAUUAUAUUCUUUCAUGGAUACAGUCGCAUUCAAUUAGGCCUUCUUAAGAAUUAGAUAGAAGUCUUAGGAAACACAGUUCAAAAAAAGCUCUAAAAUAACUUAGAAUAAUUCCUUAAAAAGCAUAACUUGCAAACUGCUCCAGAUGCAGAAGGAGCCUAACAGAAGACCAACAAAUAAAAAUAUCCAUCGUAAUAAAAUAUUUAAAACUCAACUGCAUAGAUUAAACUACCAUCAGGUGUCAACAUAAAUUAAAUGCUGUUACUCCCUUAAGACAAGCAAAUGUUUUCAAGUGGAUGCAUAAUUAAUAUGCCUCCUCUCUAAUCUAGAGAAUAGAAAGAAGUUAUUGACCUUAUCAUAAAACAUUUUCAAGUUGAUGUGAUAAUUGGUCUAGACGAUUAAGUAUUUAAUUCUUUAAAGCAAAACUAGCUUUUGACUAAUGGAUAUAGUGUUAUACGUACCACAAAACCUUCAGGAUUAAAAACUAAAGAAGAGUCAGAGCUAGUUGAGGAAGCUAGAAAAAUAAAUUAAAAGCUCUUUUAAUAGUACUUUAAAGGACUUAAUAAUGACAUUGAUUGUCAUAAUUAAGAAGUUAACUUAAAUGAUUUACUUGUUUAUAGAUUAAAAAUAAAUGAAAAAAAUAGCUUAGCAAAUACUUCAAUGUAAUAAUAAAAGCAAAUUUAUGAAAGAGUUGAUCUUUCCAAAGAAAAUGUGACAAAGAGUAUAGUUGGCGUACUAAACCUUACAAGAUCCUCUGUUGAAAAAUUAAAAGAAGAAGAAAUAUUUGAAAAAAUAUCUAAAAGUACUCUCAGUCUUUUGGUUCAUUUAUCAGAUAUGAGAACAAACCAGCCCUAUGUACGUUUGUUUUUACCUGGGCUAAAUAUGGAAAAUAUAAUUAAAGAAAAUGUAUGUGUAAUAGGAGACAUAACAUGGUUUGAAUCAUCAAGUGAUAAAAAAAAAUGA